AUGGAUUCCCUGGUAGCGGACGUUACAUUCGCUGUCUCUGCGGCUCGGUACCAGGUCGUCCGGUAUGUUCAAGUCGUCGCGAUGACGCUGCAAAUCGCAGAAUGGUGCUUCAUCAUUGGCGAUGAGGUAGAAUUCAUAUGGCCGUCCCCUUGGUCUAUCAUGAAAUGUCUAUACUAUAUCAGCCGUUAUGGCCCUUUCAUCGAUACACCGCUGAACGUUAUAUAUUAUCUGAAAUUCGGCAUCUCUCCUCGCACCUGCCUCGUCAAUUACCGAGUGUCUUCCUUGUCCACGUUUGUCGGCAUUGUAACCGCGGAGAACAUUCUUAUAACCAGGACAAGCGCUAUCUACGGCAACAAACGCAAGAUUGUCGUGUUCCUUGUCUCCCUCUCUGUUACGAGCACCAUUGCUGGGGCGGUUGUGAUGUACUUCUUCCUUGCGUCCCUGCACUUUGGCCUCCAGUCACCCCUGUUACCUGGUUGCUUCAUGACAAGCGGGAGCUCGAUAGUGUUUGUCAACUUUGUGAUUCUGGUUAUCUGGGAACUCCUGAUAGUCUCCAUGACGGUGUACCGUGGAAUCCAUGACCUGCGUGUCUCCCGGACGCCUCUGAUCAGGACUCUGUAUCGCGAUGGCAUCCUCUUCUUCUUUGCUCUUCUUCUACUCUCCGUCGGGAACAUCAUCGUAUUCAUCAUUGUGCCCCCGGAAUAUAUUGAUCUGCUCGAUACCAUUAUCUGCUGUCGCGUAGUACUCAACAUCCGAGCGGCUGCGAUGGAGAGUAUAGAGGGGACUCCCCGACCCACUGUCUCGUCGAUCACCUUCCAACGAUUCAAAGAAAAGUUCAGACGGAGCCAUAAUCCAUCAUCCAGCUUCGGCACGGAGUCUAUCCUUCUCACUACGUUCAAUCGUUCCGUAGAUACAGGAGCGGCGCGAUGA